AUGGCUGAAGUGGAGGAAACCCUGAAGAGGAUCCAGAGCCAAAAAGGAGUCCAAGGAGUCGUGAUCGCCAACUCAGAAGGGAUUCCCAUCAGGUCGACUCUGGACAACUCGAGCACAGUGCAGUACACAGGUCUGAUCCACCAGCUGCUGCUGAAGGCCAGGAGCACGGUGCGAGACAUCGACCCCCAGAACGACCUCACCUUCCUCCGAGUUCGCUCCAAGAAGAACGAGAUCAUGAUCGCUCCCGACAAAGACUACUUUUUAAUUGUGAUUCAGAAUCCUUCAGACUGA